AUGGACUCUCCAAUAGACGCAUUAGACCCGAAUGAUAGCAGUCACACAUACACCGAAGUCGCCGGGCUCUUCCUCCAACAAUACUGGCCGAUCCUACUCCCUCUGGCCGUGUUAGUCAACGUCUUCCGCACCCGCUACCUCUCCCCGCUCCGUCGAUAUCCCGGGCCGUUCAUCGCCUCGACCACACGCUUGUGGAAAGUCGUGUCUACCGCAUCGCGUCGAACGCACCUCGAUCACAUAGCCCUCCAUAGGAAGUAUGGCUCUGUCGUGCGCAUUGCCCCAAACGAGGUAUCUAUCGCCUCGCCCGAGGCCGCGCGACAUGUCCUGAGCGCCGGCAAGCGGUUCUACAAGACGGCGUUCUACGGCGUCUUUCCACCGCUGGAGAAUCCAGACAUCUUCACGGAAGUCAAUGAGGAGGCUCACGCGAGGAAGAAGAAGGUCGCCAAUGUGCCGUAUAGCAUGGCAGCGAUGCAACAGCUGAGCCCUUUUAUUGACGACGCUAUCGAUCUGCUGGUCACUAAACUCGGCGGGUUCACGUCGCGGCCUAUGGAGUACAAGACCGACAAGUCCGUUGAUCUUGGGGCGUGGCUACACUACUUUGCCUUUGACGUGCUCGGUGAAGUGGCUUUCUCGCGAAGCUUCGGGUUUCUGGCUGAGGGCAGAGAUGUGGAGGAUGCCAUCGCCACUAUUGACCGCUCACAGGCGUAUAGUGGGAUUGUUGGUCAGGUGCCGUGGGUUGACUUUCUUUUGCGACGUAAUCCUCUCUGCAAACUCAUUCCAACGCUCAACACCAAGAAUGCGCCAAUCACUCGGAUUGCCUUGAGUGAGAUGGAGAGAAGACGCCCCUUUGACAAGGAGAGUGAAGGCAAGCUGAGGAAUGACGACGGGAGACAAGACCUCUUGGCGAGUCUGAUCAAGGGACAUUUGAAAGAUACUGAUCGAUUCACCGAGGGCAAUGUUUUUGCUGUUGCCCAUGGCGCCAUCUUUGCCGGAUCAGACUCGACAGCUUCAACCAUGCAAUCACUGUUCUGGCACGUCCUUUCGGCACCACAGAUCCACUCAAGACUGGUAGCGGAAAUCGAAGAUGCCGUCAAGUCCGGGGCAAUAUCCCCAACCAGCAACAUCUCCUGGAAAGAGGCACAAGAGAUGCCGUACUUCCAAGCAUGCCUGAAAGAGGCUAUGCGUGUUCGACCAGCAGUUGGACUCAACAUUGGUCGGGUAGUUCCACCAGAAGGAGCUGAAUUAGACGGCCAGUUCUUUCCUGGCGGGACGCAGGUGGCCGUCAACGGCUGGGUCUUGCAUCGCGAUAGGCGCACGUUUGGCGAAGACGCUGAUGAUUAUCGACCUGAGCGAUGGCUAGUGGAUGUUGAGGAAGCGAAGCGAAUGGAGCGUUACAUGUUCCAGUUCGGUGGUGGAAGCCAUGUCUGCAUCGGCCGGAAUCUGGCUCUGCUGGAAAUAAACAAGGUUGUGCCGCGUCUCUUUAGAGACUUCAAGUUUGAGCUGGCGCAUCCUGGCCGGCCAUUAAGAGCAAGUGCUACGUUCUUUGUGGUUCAAGAUGGCCUAGAGGUGUUGAUUGAGCGACGGGAACUGGCCUAG